GUGGACAUGAAGCAUUCAAUCAAGUUAACAUGAUUUACUAAAUGUAUUUCCACUCUAAUCAACAAUUUUAUAACAAACAUGACAUCAACAACAAAAAGCUGCAAUAUAUCUUUCGUGGCAAGGGCCCCACUAUCUCGCAGUUCUAUUCUGUGACGUCACAGGGUUGUUGGCUUGGCUGAGUUCAAACAGAUACAAUGAAACAACUGUGAAACACUGAAAGUUGGAGACGGGAGCCACAGGACAGAGGAGGACAACGGGGGGGGGGGGUCACUAUUGCAUUGCUUCUGGAUGUGGAAAUGUGUUACAGUAUUACAGCCAAGGAAAAAAUAACUAAUCAUUUUAUUUAUAUAGCACUUUUCGAAAACAACGCCACAAAGUGCUUCACAAAAAAAAUUCACUUUUUUCCCCCAUUCUGUGUUGAGUUUUGGAGGAAAAAAAAAUCCCGAUCCAUACUCCAUAUCAAUUGAUGGCGGUAGUGCAGCUUUUCACCCGUUUGCCAAACCCAACAGGAAGAAGAGGUCGGAAGUUGUCACGGUACCGCUCCUCUUUUCCAUAUGGUGAUGGCGGCAAUGGCCGACUUGUCAACGGCCCCCGGCGGCACGGGCCGUCCGGUCUUUCCGCUGUCCGCGGACGCUGCCCCGUUCACCCCGCCGGGGACGGGGUGUCUGUACUCGGACGCCGGCUCUCAGUUUUCCCGCUGUCUGUCGAAGCUCCGCUGCCUGCGCGGCGAAACGGUUGGUCUCAGAGAAGAACUCAACCUGCUGUUCGACCAGCUCAUCUCCGAGAACUACAAUAAAACGUUUAAUCCCGACAUCAAUAUCCGACCAGAGGACGUGUGUGCCCUGCUGAGACAGGCCAGCUGCCUUGUGCCACAGAGUCAAGAACAUCUCGUAAUCAAACUGUGCCGGCUAAUACACCAUCUACUCAAUCAGCUGAAGGUGACAGUGGAUGAACAGACGUUGGAUAUAUUAUUGAAUUAUAUGGUCCGUGCUUUGAGUGUCUGCAGUACGUGGACACACUCAGAUAUACUGCUGGCCCUUUCUACAGUCGUGUAUGGGAAUGGACCACAGAGCCACAAGCACCUGUGCGAGCUACUGGGCGACGGUGGAGUCUUGCUCCUCUACAGCUCACUAUCUCAAAUGGAUAUGGACUUAUGCCGCAUUGCACUUAUCUGUAUGGCCAAUAUCUGUCUCGGGCUGCCUGGUCAGCCGUGUUUGGAGGAGCAGUACAGCAGCAAAUGCUUCAGGGUCUUCCUAAAAACACUCCAGUCACCUGAACCUCCCAACACCGACGAGCUGCUCUACUGUACGGUGAUCCAAGCAGCACUGAAGGGGCUUCAGCACUGCGUGUCCGGUGGGAAGUGGAGGUUUGGCGGUGGAGAGGAGCUUGGGUCUCUGCUGGCCAUACUAAAGAGGCUCAUGUUCCAGGGGGCUCCGGGAGUGAGCGUGGAGUGGCCGUCCGUGCUUUACCCAGCUGCUCUUCCUCAGUACGAGGGUCAGUCUGCACCGAAGACCGCUGAACCACCGAAGGAAGCCGCCACACCGGCCAAAGCCUUGGGGACCAAGAAGAAGAAAUCCCGGGCAAAGGGCAAGAAGACGGGCGUGGAGGAGAGCCGAGGGGAGGAGGGAGAGGAAGACGAGGGGGAGGCAGCGCCUGCGCCUCAGAGAGGAGGGGCGAGAGGAGGCAGCGGAAGGAGAGAAGGAGGAGGCGAUAGAGGGGACUUGCGGUCCAAACCCUCUGUUCCUUCUCUCUACCCGUCCUGGAAGAGGAGUAGUUCGGACUCCGAGUUUUCGGACCCGGAGGGCGGCGUGCAGAGCAAACUGAGACUCUAUCAGGGCCGUGUGCGUCAGGCUGCUCUGCACUGUCUGCUGGCAGUGGUCAAAGGAGUGGAAAGACGGACCCUCUAUGGGUACUGGUCCUCCUUCAUCCCCGAUGCUCCUGUUGGAGGACCGCCACCUCUCACUCUCCUCACCAUUGUACUGAAGGACCCCUCACCCAAGGUGCGUGCCUGUGCACUACAGGUGUUGUCUGCCAUGCUCGACGGCUCUCGUCAGUUCCUGGGUGUGGCCGAAGACACGUCUUCUCCCCGGACGUCGUUCACCCCGUUCUCUUUCUCCCUGGCCACAGCCGUCAAAGAGCUUCACCGAGCCCUUGGCCUUGCCCUGCUGGCCGAGACGUCCGCUCACACGCUCACACAGAUCAUUAAGUGCCUGGCCUAUCUGGUAGCCAAUGCUCCCUACCAUCGCCUGCGACCGGGUCUUCUGAGUCCACUCUGGAGACUGAUCCGUCCAUACAUACGCCACAGAGACGUAAAUGUUCGUGUGUCAGUGCUGACACUAUACGGGGCUCUGGUCACCACACAGGCCCCUCUGCCCGAGGUGCAGCUCCUUCUCCGGCAGCCAGAGUGGAGCAGUGGUGGCGGCAGCACAGCUACGUUCACGCCGCAGGACUCCGCCCUCAGCUGGCGACGCAGAGAAGGAGUCCCCUCCCCCUCACGGACACCAACCACAAACGCCCAGCGUAACGCGCACAAAGUGACCACGCUCUCCCCUCGCGCUCCUCACACCCCCGGGGAGGAGGAGGCGCGUGGAGUUCCCUGGAUGCUGCAGUUGUGCAUCUCCCUGGUGACUCAGCCUCGGGAGGAUCAGACGGACAGCGAGGGAGCGGCGACAGCGGGCAGUGUUGCCUUGGAGCCCGCCCCCGUCCGGCUGGAGGCCUUGCAGGUUUUAGCCCAUCUCGUCCGUGGUUACUUCUCUCUUGCCCAAGUGUGUCUGUGUGAGCUGGGGCAGGUGAGUGCUCGCUGCCUCCAGGAGAUGGACCCCUCCAUACAGCUGCAUGGAGCCAAGCUGCUAGAGGAGUUGGGGAUAGGUAUAAUCCAACAGUACAGACCAGAGAGCAAUGUCCCUGAGAACAACAGGGUUCCUACAAGCCAGGUGGUGCAGUUCUGGUUCGAAGUCUUGAGCGGGCCGCUGAACGGAGCCCUUCAAAGUGAACAGCAUCCCACGCUACAGACCAGCGCCUGCGAUGCACUCUCCUCCAUACUGCCACAAGCCUUUGCACAGCUGCCAGAUAAGACCCAGAUGAUGUGUAUCACCGUUCUGCUGGGGCUGACGUACAGUGAAAACUCCCUGGUGAAGGCCGCAUCGGUCAGAGCACUGGGAGUCUACAUACUGUUUCCCUGUCUGAGAGAGGAUGUGAUGUUCGUGGCCGACACAGCAAACACCAUCCUCACCGCCCUCGAGGAUCGGUCUCCAAAUGUGCGCACCAAGGCAGCCUGGUCCCUGGGCAAUCUGACCGACACGCUAAUUGUCAACAUGGAAAGAAUUGGUGAGAGAUUCCAAGAGGAGCUGUCAGACAUGCUGCUGCUGAAGAUGUUGCAGUCGGCCACCCGGGCUUCAACUGACAAGGACAAGGUGAAGUCCAAUGCUGUGCGCGCUCUUGGGAAUUUGCUCAACUUCCUGCGUUAUGGUCAGCUGACCCGCUCUGCGUUCCAGCGGCCCCUGGAAGACGCAGUCCGUGCACUGGUAAAAACCGUGCAAUCAGAGGCCACCAUGAAAGUUCGGUGGAACGCCUGUUAUGCUCUAGGAAAUGCCUUCAGAAACCCUGCCUUACCUCUGGACUCUGCCCCCUGGUCUGUGGACGCUUUCUCCGCCCUCUGCUGCGUGGUGACUUCCUGCAAGAACUUCAAGGUGCGGAUCAAAUCAGCCGCCGCCCUCUCGGUCCCAGGCUGCCGGGGUUGCUACGGAGACACAGAGCGAUUCCAGCACGUGUGGUGCUCCCUCGCCACUGCCCUGGAGAACAGUGAGGACACCAACGACUUCCUAGAGUACCGAUACUGCGCCAGCCUGCGGCACACGCUCUCCCGGGCGCUCUUACACCUGCUCAGCCUCAGCCAGCCACAGGACAUGGCUGCCUUGGAGGCGUCGCUGGCCGGGGAGGAGCGGCGAGCCAUCAAAGGCCACCUGGUCAAGUAUGUCAGUGGGGAGGAGGGCGGAGAGGUGGUGGCGGUGGACGAGGUUGAGAGAGACGGCGGGGAGGACAGAUGCAACCCACAGCAAAGAGCUAUAGGUCUACAGCAGACGCUGAACAGACUGAAGGAGAUGAAGACAGAAGGGGAAGGUGAGGAAAGGGGGAGAGAGGCGGUGGUGGACUUCCUGGAGGAUUUGCUGAAGAGCUGCGAAGAGCUGAAAGUGAUAUCUCCAGUCUGACUGCUGACCCACACACACACACACACACAUAGAAUUAUGAACACCUAACAGAUGUUCUACAGCGGAUGUCUCAAGACCCCCCUCCCCCCCCGACAUGUGGAAAAAGCUAUCAACUGAAAUCAAAUCAAACUGAACACAUCAGAGAUUUUUUUAUUGCAAGUCUAAUCGUCAAUAUGAAUUCUAUAUUAAACGACCUUUUGAAUUCGUCGGGUUAUUACAUUUCAUUAUUUAUUACACUUGAAUUCAGACAAAUUUGGUUGCUCAACAGUGACCCGGAUGCUAUUGCCACUAAAUCUGGUACAUGUGCUGCAAAACAAAGACUAAGAUAUGGGAACAUACAACUGGGAUAUUCCAUGUGUUUGGUAAAGCGUGGAUUUUUUUUUUUACAACAAGACAAGAUAUUAGGUUAACACGAGGGCUGAACAAUAUUCAAGAAAAAAAGUCAGCGGUGAUUUCUUUUUUAGCGUAAUGUAUUGCAAUAUUAAAGAAUAAAAAGGAGUCUCGUAAUUUGACCAGCGUUAUGCGGCUUUUAACUUUAAAAGCUCCAUUUGCAAAGAAUGUAUCAUUCUAGCAGUGAUUCGGGCGACUUUAGCGGGGAAAUAAGGCAUUUGUCCAAGAAGCCAUUUAAUCAGACUAAAUUAUAGUGUUUGUCAGCUUUGCAAGAAUAUUUUUAUUCAAGAGUAGCUGUAAAAAAAAACACCUUGAUUUCGUCUUCUGUCAAGCAGUCCAGAGAUUGGUUCUUUGAUGCACCAUGUGGUGCAACCUGGACACAUCGUCAGUGUUGAACCCGGGGUCGUCGGGUGUUUCGGGUCUUAACAUCAGACACCCUUCACCCGGCGAUUGGAGCCGUGGGUGAUGGGUGUGCCUGCAUUGUUGCGUCAACGUCCUCGUCCUGUCCACGAAUUCAGACGGCUUACUGUCACCAGGGCCUUGUAGAGAGAAGAGCCGGCUGCAGUCACAGCAUUGUAAGAUGGCAACAGAUGUACAACACAACUGUAUUGUUUGUAAGGGUGGGGAUGCCGGCAG